CCAUGUAAGUAACGGGCUGUAGAGGAUCACGGACACUCUCUGCUGACAGCCUCAGCCUGAAGGAAUCACCCUGCGAGGAGAAAAGCAGAGCCAUGAGGGACACAUACGACGUGAUAGUCAUUGGCGGAGGCAUUUCAGGCCUUUCAGCUGCUAAACUGCUAGCAGAAGCAGGACUUCACGUAAUUGUGUUGGAGGCCCAGAACAGAGUUGGUGGACGAACACAUACUAUACGAAACAAGGACGUUCAAUAUGUGGAUGUUGGAGGUGCUUAUGUGGGACCAACGCAAAAUCGUCUACUACGGCUGGCGAAAGAACUUGGUAUAGAGACUUAUAAAGUAUAUUUAAAAGGGCAUCUUCUCCACCACAGAGAGGGUAAGUCAUACAAAUUUCUUGGAGCUUUCCCAUCAUCCUAUAAUCCUCUGGUUUUCUUGGAUUACAACAACUUCGUGAGAACUAUGGAUCAGUGGGGUAGUGAGAUUCCUGUAGAUUCACCAUGGAAAGCUCCUCAUGCUAAAGACUGGGACAAAAUGUCAAUGAAAGAAUUCAUACACAAAGUAUGCUGGACAAAUGAAGCAAGGAGGUUUGCAGAGUUGGUUGUGAAUUUGGUUGUUACUGCAGAGACACAGCAGGUUUCCACACUAUGGUUCCUCUGGUAUAUAAAGAACUGUGGUGGAACUACAAGGACUUUCUCAACUGACAAUGGUGGGCAGGAGAGAAAGUUUGUAGGAGGAUCUGGGCAGAUAAGUGAAAAGAUGAUGGCACGUCUGCAGGAUAGAGUGAAGUUAGAGAGACCAGUGGUCAGGCUUGAUCAGACUGGUGAAGUUGUCAUUGUGGAGACUUUAAAUCAUGAAGUGUACCAGAGCAAAUUUGUUAUCAGUGCCAUACCACCAGUACUGAGCACAAAGAUUCACUUUAAUCCAGAGCUACCCUCACUUAGAAACCAGCUAAUACAUCGUCUCCCAAUGGGAUCUGUGAUCAAGUGCAUGGUGUAUUACAAGGAAGCCUUUUGGAGGAAAAUGGGAUACUGUGGAUGUUUUAUAAUUGAAGAUGAAGAUACUCCAAUAGGAUUCACUUUGGAUGACACUAAACAUGAUGGAUCUGCACCUGCUAUAAUAGGAUUUAUUUUAUCAAGAAAAGCAUCCUUAUUGGCAAACCUGAGCAAAGAAGAAAGGAAAAGAAAAAUAUGUGAAUACUAUGCCAAAGUCAUGGGAACUGAAGAAGCUUUGCAUCCAGUGCACUAUGAAGAAAAGGACUGGUGUAAAGAACAAUACUCAGGUGGAUGCUACACCGCAUAUUUUCCUCCUGGAAUUAUGACUCAGUUUGGAAGUGUGAUACGAAAGCCUGUUGGAAAGAUUUACUUUGCUGGAACAGAAACAGCUACACAAUGGAGUGGAUACAUGGAAGGUGCUAUAGAGGCUGGAGAAAGGGCAGCCCGAGAGGUCAUGUGCAAGAUGGGACUGAUCCGAGAGGACCAGAUAUGGGUACCAGAGCCAGAAUCUGUGGACGUUCCAGCGUUUCCAAUCACCACAACAUUUUUAGAGAGGAAUUUGCCCUCUGCUCAAGGUUUACUGAGAUUCAUCGGAUAUACAACUUUCUUUGCAACAGCUGCUGCUGGAAUGAUGGCCAUCAAGAAGGGUUGCCUGAGCGUUAAAUGCAAUUUUCAUUAAUUUGUACAUUAAUGUUCACUUCUUGAAAUGUUUUUUUUAAAAUAUAGUAUGUGACAUAUAAAGAAUGUAAUGCCAGCAUUUGGUAUUAGUAAUCUUAUCAAAAAGUACUGUAGUGUUCUCGGGUUUAAAGGGGCUGUUCUGUUUCAGCAAGACUGGGAAUAAGCCUGAAAUAAAGAAUUUAGCAAUACUUACCAGUGCCUCCUCUCUGGUUUUCCUGUUCAGGCUCUGUUUACUCAGCUGAAGUGGUGAUGUUACAUUGCUGACAUGUGACCGCUGCAGCCUGCCAUUGUCCUCAGUGGUACACUGAAGAUGACAGUGAUUGGCUUUAGCAAUCACAUGUUGUUGAUGUGACAUCAGCACUGCACCCAGCUGGGAGAACUGAAUCAACUGCACUGGAUCUGCAAGGUACUGUAAGUUUUGCACAAUUUAAGGUAAUCUUCAGUAUUUUCUUUCAGAAACUGGACAUCUGUCCCUUUAAACACUUAGCACAUCUUUUAAGGAAAAAGCAAUAGCACACAUGAUCACGAUUUUCAUGUAUUUUUAAUGCAGCCAAAACCUUUGCAAGUCCCCAGCAAAACCAAUGGUUAUCUACUACUUUGUGUGAAUAGGCUUUUAACAAAACCCACAAAAAUAUAGUGCACGUGAAGGUGUAAACUCGUAGAAAUGGAAUAAAAUGUGUAAUAUUAUCACUGACAUUUUUAUGUUUCAGCAAACUAAUAAACAGUUAUGCAUAUGUAAACAAAUUAAAACAUUUGCAAGUGAA